UUUGGUUGUAAUGUGGGCUGGGACUGCUGCUGUAUGCAGGCCAGCACAAGUUGGAGGCAAUUUUUUUAAACAAACUGGGAAGGUCCACCAUUACUUUUAAUCUGUCAACUGUCAUUGCCUGUUGAUCUUAAGACCAGGACGUUCAUUGUGCAAGUUAAUAAGGGUGUGGUUGUCUGUCUAUGUGUGGCCCUGCAAUGGACUGGCGACCUAUCCGGGGUGUACCCAACCUUUUGCCCAAUGACAGUUGGGAUUGGCUUCAGCCCCCCGCGACCCUGUACGCAGGAUAAGUGCUUGACGAGGGAUGGAUGGACCUUUUUAGUAUAGCGAGCCCUUUGCACUUUUGAUGCUUCUCAGUUCUUCUCUGUGAAAAUUACACUGUCACUAACGAGGAAGGAGACUUCAAGCUAUUAAUCUUUACACAUGCAGAACACGCUGCACUUGUUUAGAAAGCUUGGAAGAAACUACCGUCCCUCCCACUGGGUCUGGCAUUCAGACUUGGAAAAAACACACUUGGUUGUGCAUCAUAAAUUCUCUACAUCAAGUUACAAGUUAGAAACUAAGCUCCCAGACAAAAUGAAACUAGUCCUGCAGACUGUCAUCUGCUGCUGUGUUUUCACCACAGUCCUGCCGUUGGUAAAAGGUGCCACAGGGGAGCUCAACACCAGUCUGAAAAAAAGGCUUAGAGUAUGGCUGCAGAGCCGUAUGAAGAGAGACCUGCACAACAGCUUAGGGACAGACAAUGAGUGGUACUCUGAUGUCCACGUUGGACUACAGCAGGAUGGGAAUGCAAAAAUUGGCUCACCUCCAUCAAGCUAUGGGAUAUAUCAGAUAUUGGCAAAUAUCAGACCCAGGAGGUCACCACCAUCCAAAUCCGUCUGCUACCUAAUCACAUGUUCAUACCAUGUACUGGUCGACAGAGUGCAAGUUGCCAACAACAUGCAAACACAGGCGGAAGCUCCAAAGCACAAGAUAGGCAAGUCAGGCUACGGACGGCGCCGCCGCUCACUCCAGGAUGUCACACAGCUUGUACUCCAGACCGGAAGACAAAGACAGAGCACUGAAGCUGGUCAGCGAGUCCACAGACACAAAAGUACACGCACAGUGGCCUAAGACAGGAAUGGAAAGGCAAAGGAGAAUCCUUGUUGGGGUUAUUUGCACACAGCAAAAGAUGAUAAGUUUCCCCAAAGGUUUUAUUCCAAAUAUUUACAACUAGAUUGCAGAAAGAACUGCUGCAACAUCUAUACAGUCAAUCUCAGGAAGAUUUGCUGAGGUCACUAGACGAAAGCGAGGUUCCAAUAAUAGAUGCUGUUUAUGCAUGCUUAGGUGCAGGUUUCAGUGUGUCUGAACAAGUGUGUGGCUUACGGAAGAAUUCAAGUCAGACCUGUGCAACUUGACAAGAAUGUCUGUCUCUUCUUCAGCUUCCAAAGUGAGCUUGGCAGCAGAAACAGAAGACAAUCCCUGAAGAUCUUUGACAUAACCGUGAACUGAGGAGGACCCAAGGCCAAGACGGGGGAGGAUUUUAAAAUCAAGAAACUGACAUUACUGCACCCCAAACUGCAACAAGCAGGAUCAUUUCACAUGUGAACUGUAUGUGGUGAACUGCUUGUUAAGUGCAAUUCAUACAAAAUAUGCCUAUGUAUUAUCAGCUUGUAUUUAAGGAUCUAUAAAGCUACCUUAUAUUUAAGCAUACAAGUAUAUUUUUAUACAGCCAAAAUACAUAGUUUUAUUUUGGAUUUUAACUUCAAUGAAGUAUGUAUCUUAACUGUGCAAAUACAUAUAUUGUCCUAUAUUCUUCAUGUUAAGUCUCUAAUAACUGUGUUAUGCCUUAUACCAAUUGUCUUAAAAUAAUAGUGACGAUUACCUUAUUGGAAAUUAAUCAUAUUAGAGAUGUUUUGUUGCCAUAUAUGCCUUUCACCAUCCAAAACAAAUCCAAACAAAUGUCUUUCAAACAGUGCAAAGAAGUCAUAAAGUAUUUGACUCUGGAAGCCAUCGAAAGUGAUGAGUCUCUUAAUGCAAUGAAGUUGAAGGACUGAUGAGCUAAUGAAAGUGUUGUGCUGCCAUCUAGCUUUAUAGUAGACAACAUGUAACAAACUCUGGCCAAGCGGUUCAAAAAUCAAUGCAGCUUCAACAAAGCACUUACUGUGGUUUUGCUAAAUGUUUCAUCUUAAAAGCCUUAGUUUUGAAAUGUAUCUGCUUUAGAAUGCAAUAAAUCCCAAUUUACUCAUAAUUUAGCUGAACUUGACAUGGUAUAAGAUAACAUGAUUUAUGUCUUGUGGUGGACGUGGCAGGAAUUGUAAUAGUUUUCAGGUGGCUGUGGAGUUCUUGUUUUUGAAAUAAAUGAAUGAAUGCAAAAAAGAGGCUCAUAGGCAACAUAGUAUAUGUAACUUACCAUUUCACAAUGGUAUGUGUAAUAAAAUGAUUAAAUCCUGA